GACGGACUUCGAAUACAGAAUUUGACCGACAUUUUUGGCCAAGUGGACAGGCCAAGAUCUCAGCAAGUGAGAACUUCCAAUUCAAUAAGACGAACCUCUUCUUUGGAUACCAUAACGGGACCUUACCUCACAGGGCAGUGGCCCCGGGACCCCCACGCCCACUACCCGUCGUGCAUGAAAGACAAAGCGACUCAGACCCCGAGCUGUUGGGCUGAAGAGGGGGCAGAGAAGAAAUCCCAUCAGCGGUCGGCAUCAUGGGGCAGCUCGGAUCAGCUGAAAGAGAUCGCCAAGCUGAGACAGCAGCUGCAUCGUGGCAAGCAGAGCAGUAGCCGGCACAGCCACCGGGAGAAAGACCGCCAUUCCCCUGCAGCCAGCAGCCAGACUCAGGCUGUUGGCUCAAGAUCUGUCUCUAUGCCUCUGUCCAAUAUCUCAGCGCCAAAGUCCGCUGUUUCACGGGUACCCUGCAACGUAGAAGGAAUCAGCCCAGAACUAGAAAAAGUGUUCAUUAAAGAAAACAGUGGGAAGGAGGAAGGAGGCAAGCCCCUGGACGUUCCUGAUGGCCGCCGCGCCCCACUGCCUGCCCAGUAUCGCAGCAGCAGCAGCGGCACUCGCAGUGUAGACACGCAGACGCCAUCGGUGCCAGAGCGCAGCAGCAGCUGCAGCAGCAGCCACUCGCCCUGUGUGUCUCAGGACGGCAGCCCAUGCUCCACUGAAGACUUGCUCUAUGACCGAGAUAAAGACAGUGGGAGCAGCUCGCCGCUACCCAAGUAUGCCACCUCUCCCAAACCCAACAACAGCUACAUGUUCAAGAGGGAGCCGCCGGAGGGGUGUGAGCGAGUGAAGGUCUUUGAGGAGAUGGCGGCUCGCCAGCCCAUCUCAGCCCCUCUGUUUUCAUGUCCUGACAAAAACAAGGUGAAUUUCAUCCCAACCGGCUCCGCCUUCUGCCCUGUAAGGCUUCUGGGCCCUCUCCUGCCAGCCUCUGACCUGAUGCUCAAGAGUUCUUCAGGCUCCAACCAGAGCCCGAUACUGAGCGCCUUGACUGUCGAGCAGCUCUCGGCACGGGUGGCCUUCUCGUCUCUGUCAGAUGAUACCAGCGUCGUGGACUCGGUGGCAGAGGUCACCCUCCCACCGCCGUGCCCACCCCCACUACCCCCACCGCCAAACGACCGUCAGGCUGAGGAGCGCGCCUUGUCUCAGAACCAUGUGGCCAUCUAAGCAGGAGAGCAGGCCCUC